CAAACAAACUCCUCAUUAAUUCAAAUCUUUGAGCCUUUGUUUGAAAUCUUUCAAAUAUUAACCAAACCCUUUUAUGGAAAUUCGAUUUCCAUACCUACUAGUAAUAUUCUAGGUCAUAACAAUUAUCUUUCUUCACUUUCUUGUGAAGUAAGAAUCACAAAAGCCAAAAAUAUUGAGUUCAACAAGUCCACCACCAACGGUGGCCUCUUUGUUAGAUACUAUCUCUCUGCUGGCAACAACAAGAGAGUAAAACUAAACACUCAAGAAAUCUCAUCAAACUCUAAUCAUCUCAUUUGGAAUGAGACCUUCUCAUUGGAGUGCUUAGGAAGUGAAGAAUCCAGCUCCAACUUGAAGCAACAAACUGUAGUUUUUAAGCUGAGGUGGAGAAGAACAGGCCCAUCAUUUCUUGGGAAAAAAUCCAAGUCACAACUCUCGGGAACGGCUAAAAUUCCAUGGGGAAAAGUCUUUGAAUCGCCAAAAAUGGAAAUAGAAAACUGGGUUGUGAUUGCUUCAAAGCAAAGUAAUAAUACUAAGGUCUAUAAUGAAGAUGUUAAACCUCCAUCACUUCAAGUAGCCAUGAAAGUUGAAGUUCCAAAGCUGGCGGAGAUGAACAGAAACAAGAGGUUGAAGAAGAGGGAUGAUCAAGGAGAGUGUGGAUGUAGAGAUGGUGGGGCAUUCCAUUGUGUAGAUUAUGAAUUAUUUGCCCUGGUGGGUGCUCUGGAAGUACUUCAAUUUAAUGAGCUUAAUUAGCUAAGCACUAAACUAAUUAGAUAAUGGUUGGUGUUGAUUCAUUAUUAUUAACUUUUUUAGUCUUUCAUAAGAGGGAAGUGUAUAGAAGGUGACUAAGAUGAAACUGCUUGUGUUAGCAAUUUUUUUAAUGUGAUAAUUAAGUUUUAUGU